GUGGUUCUUUUCAACAUGGCGGAUACAAAGAAAGUACCCGAGAAAAACUCUGAGAAGAAAACCAUUAAAAAGAUAAAAAAGGAGCCAAAAGAUGCAUCUAAGAAUAUCAUGCGAGAAGUACGAAUUCGCAAACUGUGUUUAAAUAUAUGUGUAGGCGAAUCUGGUGAUCGUCUGACGCGAGCUGCUAAGGUCUUGGAACAACUGACUGGUCAGCAACCAGUAUUUUCUAAAGCUAGAUAUACCGUACGAUCUUUUGGUAUUCGUCGUAAUGAAAAAAUAGCUGUGCACUGUACCGUACGUGGGGCUAAAGCUGAAGAGAUCCUCGAACGUGGCUUAAAGGUACGCGAAUAUGAAUUAAGAAAAGAAAACUUUUCUGGUACUGGAAACUUCGGUUUUGGUAUUCAAGAGCAUAUCGACUUGGGAAUCAAAUAUGAUCCUAGUAUUGGAAUUUAUGGCUUAGACUUCUAUGUUGUACUUGGACGUCCAGGAUUUAACGUAGCACACAGAAGAAGAAAGACUGGUAAGGUCGGCUUUCAACAUCGUCUUACCAAAGAAGAUGCCAUGAAAUGGUUCCAACAAAAAUAUGAUGGUAUCAUUAUAGCUGGAAAGAAAUAAUACAAUUGUAACAUAUUUUUCUCUUAAAAAAUUUUAACGACAAA